AGUCUCUACUCCCGUGUAUGUAGCAAGAAUGUGCAGUGCAGGCAGAGUCCACGUCGGCGCGCUCUUGAGAGCCCUAGUUCUGCUUCAAACGUUCCUGUUUCUCCACGCCCAGCCCGACAACCCGGAGAUUGAGCACAUCAGGCAGCUGGUGGCUCCGUUCGGCUACCCGCUGCAAGUUCACACGGUGCAGACUGAAGAUGGCUUCCUUCUUACACUGCUGCGGAUGCCGAACGGCAAAGCCGCAGCCUGGACGGGGCCGGCCCAGCAGCCUGCAGCUGCCACGGACGGCGGCGCCGAUAGCCCCCGGCCGGUGGUGUUGCUGCAGCACGGGCUGCUGGACAGCGCUGCAGGCUACCUGGUGAACGGCCCCGAGCGCAGCCUGGCCUUCAUCCUGGCGGACGAGGGCUAUGAUGUGUGGCUGGGCAACGUGCGCGGCAACAGCCUGAGCCGGGCGCACGUGAGCCUGGCGCCGGAGGAUGCGGCCUUCUGGAUGUGGAGCUAUGACGAGAUGGCGGCGUAUGACAUGCCGGCGAUGGUGCGCUACAUCCUGCGGGCGUCCGGCGCCGCCUCCCUGCGCUACGUGGGCCACAGCCAGGGCACCACAGUGCUGCUGGCGGCACUGGCCGGGCCCAUGGCGGGGCAGGCCGCCGCGGAGCCGCCGCUGGCGGAAGUGGCGCAGGCAACACAGGCAACACAGGCAACACGGACAGGAGGCGGAUGCGUGGAGGCGGAGCAGGCGCGGGUGGCGCUGGUACUGGCGGCAGACGCGGGGCAUACGGGGAGGGCACACUUAGCAGAGCAGGGCUCAGCGGUGGAGCAGUCGGCAGCGGACGAGGCGGAGAAGCUGGGGAGACCCGGUGCGGGAGACAUGGACGAUGCAGCGCAUACCAGCACGGACUCAUCGUCCAGGCGCAGCCUGCGUGCAGUCAGGAGCCGGGGCCAGGUUGCCGGUGCGAGGCCGGGUCGGGUGACCAUGGUCACCAAGCAGCAUCGCAGCUCCUCGGCUGCGGCUUCUGAGGUGGUGACGGAAUCAGCUGUGGCAUCUGGCACCAGCCUGCGGACGCGGCCUCGGCCGCGGGCUGCGGCACUGGCGCCGGAGCUCAUUGAGCGGGCGGCGCUGUUGGCGCCGGUGGCGGUGGCCAAACACAUCAGCAGUGUGCCGCUGCUUGCGUUGGCAGCCAUGGGCACGGACGAUAUGUUUUCGCUGCUGGGGCUGCAUGAGUUCCUGCCCAGCCAGCAGCUGGUGGCGGCGCUGGAGGGCGCGCUGUGCGCCGUGCAGCCGGCGUUGUGCGUGUCCUUCCUGGCCGCGCUGUGCGGAUACAAUCCCGACAAUAUCAACAGCACCCGCCUGCCGCUGUACCUUUCAUACACGCCCGCCGGCACCAGCGUCCAAAACAUGGCGCACUGGGCGCAGGCGGUGAGGUCGCGCGCGCCGAACAGUAUGAGCUACUUCGACUACGGCACCAACUGCGCCAGCCGCACGGGACACUGCAACCAGCUGGAAUACGGCCGCUUCAGCCCGCCCCGCUACAACCUCACAGCCAUCACCACACCGCUGGCGCUGUUCUCAGGCACCAAGGACCGGCUGUCCGACCCGCUGGAUAUGGAGUACCUGAUGGAGAGCCUGGCGCCCGGUGUGGUGCGGGCUGCGCGAGUGCUGCCGGCCUAUGAGCACCUGGACUUCAUAUGGGGCAUUGACGCCAGGGACGCCCUGUACGACGACGUGCUCCGAUUCCUGGCUGGGGAUGACCCGUGACCCGGCGCGUCGGGGGCGCCUGGCGGCCGCUGACUCCGCCAUGGCGCCAUCUGGGUGUCGGCACACGCACAUGAGUUUGCAUGGACUCGGUGCGGCCGUGCGGAUGCAAGCGCGCGCGGCAUGGGCCGAGGCCGCCGAACCCUGCCGAACCCUGCCACACAUGUACAGCAGCCUGGGAAAUGCUUUGACAAUUGCGUACUAAGGGUGGAGCGCAGUACGUGCCUGUGGAGAUUAGGCAUUCGAGACCUCUGGCUAGCUGCACACAAAAUCCGAUACCCCUCGCAAGCGGGCAGCUUGCGUAGCGACGAGAUUGUACACUAUCAAACCGGGCACAUGUAUGGGACUACACUAGGAAUGCUUGUAUGGGUGGGUGGGGGGCUCGUAUUAGUGGAACGGGUGGGCAUGGUAACCAAGCAUGGCCAUCCUACUUCCAAAAAGUUAGGUUCGGGCUCCACAGUGCAUUGGUCAACCCUUCUCGACAAGCUAUAAAGCUAUGGUGUCAUAUGGUUGCCUCGUUGGCUUGUUCGCAAGCGGACCGCCGUACCGGGGACGUAUGACGCCGACGUUGUCUUUUGCAGGGAGGCCCCGGGCUUUUUGUGCCCGAGUACGUAGUAGUGUGAGCUGUGUAUGGCGGUAGGGCAAGGGACGGGAACGUGUAUGGGGGGGGUGAGUUCGGGAGUUCUGAAGUUACUGAGUAUACGGAGGCAGGAGUGCCAGUCCUGUGCGUACAUUCUUAAAUGGCAGUGUGUGAAGGCGCAGGGGGCGGAGUGAGAAGCGGCCUCGCGCAGUAGAGGCAAUGUCAAGGUGAGCUAUACGUGCUGCUCGAAGCAGCGUAGCCAGCGCGUCGCUGAGGUGACGAUGGAGAAGCUGUCGGACCUGCAGUUGGAGCAGUAGUGGGCACAGCAGGACUUUGGGGGUCUCUCGUGGGGUUCGAGUGGGUGCGCAGGUGGAGGGUUUGAGUGGCAGAGACCCUGAUGGCGGUGUCUACCCCAGGUGCAGGGUUCAGGGUUUCGGGCUUGGUAGGUGCAGGUGGAGUGCCGGCUCAGGGUUCAGGGCCUGGCAUGCAGGUGCAGGGUUUCGGAGGUGCAGGUUUAGGGGUUUCGCGAGUGCAGGGUUCAGGCUCGGUUUUUGAGUGGUUGCGGGGUUUUCAGGUUUGGCGGUGUCGCGGUCCGCGGUGGGGCUGGCAGGGCAUGCGUAGCGGCAUGACAAGUAGUGCGGCUGUUGACAACUGUGCUGUGUCUGGCUGCCGUUGGCUCUGCUGUGGCAUCGCGAUUGCUAGGCACCUGGUUUGGCUAUGUGCCUGUGGAAACCGACCCCGGCUAUGUCCGGGCGAUGAGGAUAGCCGGGCGAUGAGGUUGUUCGGCCUUAGAGAGUGGAGUGGAGGGGCUCAGCCCCUUUUCCCGUGACCGGGGAACACUUGUCAGGUUUGGACGUUUCGCGAGUGCAGGUGAAGGCGGUGUUGAGCGUGGAGAUGAGGAAAGCCGCCACGUCAUGUACGGUGUGCAUUUAGGAGGGUGCGUUGAAAGUACGGCUACUUCGUUACAGCCGGCCUUGCAGCCGGCGCCAGGUGACUGUUACUGACUUACCGAUCGCGGAAUCCAUGCACAUUCAUGCCUGGCUGCGUUCCAGGUGGGUUUAUUUUAUGGGUCUCGCGUUGUCGCGAAUGGCAGCCUAGUCGCGCGCGAGCUGGUACACGUCAGCCCUGCCCGGACCGGCAGUCUGCUUCACGCCAGUGUAACCAUUUGGUGCG